AUGGGGGGAGAGCGAUGGGGACUCCUGCCACCGUCAUCCCCUCGGGGUGAAAACGGGACCCCAGAAGCUGCCAGGAUGGGCUUUACGGGAUGGGAAUCCCCCACGUUGGAGAAACCCUCGUGGAGGCGCAGGAAAGCGGCUCCGUCAGCUCCGGCAUCAUCUCUCCAUCCUGAGCAGAGCGAGAGCCGUGCUCGGCCUGGGAGGGGAGGGAGGACGCAGCGGCCGAGCCGCGGGGGCUGGCGAGCGGAGGAGCAUCCCCUCUCCACGCCGCGGGGAGCCCGGCAGCCCCCGCCCCACCGGCUCCUCGCUCGCCAUGCUGGAUAUUUUCAUCCUGAUGUUUUUUGCCAUCAUCGGCCUGGUGAUCCUCUCCUACAUCAUUUACAUGCUCUAGAGCCAUGCCGGGGAAGAUGCGGCUCAGCAUCAGCCUCGCCAUCCAAGCGUCGUCCAGCCACUGCCUGGGCCACCUCCCUCGGAGCCUUCUGGAACAGCAUUAACCCUCGGCAAGGAACCGGCUGCCCAAGGCGGAGCGAGGGGCGUCGCGGAGGGGGCCCAGGGGGGCGAAGGAGGGACAUGGGGUGGCCGGGGCGAGGGGACGUCCCGCUGCCAGGCCGGGGGUGCGAAGGGUCCUGCCCCCUCCACCCUGGGUGGCUUAGCCCCCUGGGAUGAACGCUCGCGAGGUCGGUCAGUCGGGUUUUCUUUUUGAAAAGCACUUAUAUUUUUAAUGAAAAAUGUCGAAGGAAAUUAAAUAAAGAGGAACGACACG